AUGUCUAGAGUCGUUCCUAAGUUCUUCCAGGUUCGUGCUCCUGCUACGGAGAAGCCAAAACCGACGAAACUCCGAGCUUCGAUUACUGCUGGAACUGUUUUGAUUCUCCUGGCAGGUCGUUAUGCUGGAAAGCGUGUCGUGUUUUUAAAACAGCUCGCGUCUGGAUUGUUGCUCGUGUCUGGUCCUUUUACAUUGAACAAAGUCCCUUUCUUGCGUGUCAAUCAGUGCCAUGUGAUUGCCACUUCUACCAAGAUUGAUAUCUCUGGUUUGAAGGUUCCUGCUACUCUCGACGAUAGCUACUUCAGCAACAGUUCUGCGAAGAAGAACAUCGACGAAUCCACCAAGAAGGAGCGUAAAGCCCUCCAGGAGUCAGUCGAUGCCGAACUGAUGAAGUGCAUUGAGAAGGUCCCCAUGAUGAAGGAAUACCUGCAUGGCCGUUUCUUGCUCUCUGGUCGUUCUGUCCGUGUGCAUGAUAUGACUUUCUAAAGAGCUACACAAUAUAAAGUUGUGGAGAUAGUGUUGUUUGUUUUCUAUAAAGAAUGGAGGUGAGUAGAGAUGAGACUGCGGUUGUUAUUAAGGGGACGAUAAAUGAAGUGAGUUCACAAACGAAAGAGAAUGAGGGAGAAUAAAAAUGACUAAAAACCGUUUUCCAAAAAUCGGGACGAAUUUGUAAUUCAGCAACAGCGUACAUUUUGUUUAUUGCAGAGAGUCAAUUCGUAUAGAUGGAGGAUUCUGAGAAGGAAAGGAUCUUUCCAUUUGGAGAGAGCGAUUUUAUCGUGGAUAACUUCAAUCCUGAGCAGUUUCUCGCAAAAUAUUCUGCUACUUGUGAUCUAGAAAAUCUGAAAUCCGAUCUGGCUGCAUUUCUGAGUCAGUGCGAAAGUGCAAUAAUGAGUAUAAUGAAUAAGGAUUAUCAGUCGUUCAUUUCGCUUGCGCUUCGCCUGAACGGUCUGAAAGAGAAGAUGGAGAGCAUCCGUUCUCCUCUGGUGGAUAAUAAGGAUCGUUUGCAGCAACACAAGGAAGAUUUGAUAAAGGAGUGCGAAGUACUGUCGAAUUUGCUGAAACGGUACCAGGAGAUUGAGGCGAAAAAGCAAUCACUCACUCAGUUCCUUCAUAUUCACACCAUCAUCACGCAGUCAGUAGCAAUUUACAGUACUGUAAGUUUUUUUAUUGCUUCUCAGCGAUUUGAAAUCUAACGACUAGUUCAGUAGUAAAAACCCAAUGCAGUUGGAGGUGAUGGACUAUCUGCUUCUCGAACGUGUAAGUCGCAAUCUGGCCCAGGUGAACAAGCUCCUCUCUGCCUACACAAUCAGUUCGAGCCCCAUUGCUUCCUCACUUCUAGCGGACUAUCCCUUUUUAAUCAUCUGCAAAGAUCGAGCCGACACGCUUCGCAAGAAAGUGGUCAACUCGCUUCGCCAAGGCUUCGACCGGAACGUCCA